GGUCCGCAGGAGGCUCGGAGCGCGCCAGGCGGACACUCCUCGCGGCUCCUCCCUGGCGGCAGCGGCGGCGGCGGCUCGGAGCGGGCUCCGGGGCUCGAGCGCAGCGGCCGACAGGCGCCGGACAGCGAGGAUUACCCGAGAAGUGGUUGUCUCCUGGCGGGAGCCGCGGAGAGGGGCUCUCGUGGAGCAAGGCAGGAGCGCCGGGCCGGCAGCCGCGGAGCACCAGAGGAGGACCCGCUCAGGCGGUCGGGUCGUCGGCCGCGGGGAGCGCCGGCACAGGGCGAACAGGCCGCGUCGCGCUCACCAUGGUCAGCUGCUGGGACACCGGGGUCCUGCUGUGCGCGCUGCUUGGCUGUCUGCUUCUAACAGGGUCUAGUUCGGGUUCAAAAUUAAAAGGUCCUGAGCUGAGUUUAAAAGGCACCCAGCACGUCAUGCAAGCAGGCCAGACACUGUAUCUCAAAUGCAGGGGGGACUCACCUCAUUCAUGGUCUUUGCCUAAAAUCGUGAGUAAGGAAAGCAAAAGACUGAGCGUAACUAAAUCUGCCUGUGGAAAGAAUGGCCAACAAUUCUGCAGUACUCUGACCUUGAACAUGGCUCAAGCAAACCACACUGGCUUCUACAGCUGCAAAUAUCUACCUAUAUCUAGUUCAAAGAAGAAGAAAGCAGAAUCUACAAUCUAUAUAUUUAUUAGUGAUAUAGGUAGACCUUUCAUAGAGAUGUACAGUGAAAUACCUAAAGUUGUAUAUAUGAAGGAAGGAAGGCAGCUUGUCAUUCCCUGCCGGGUUACGUCGCCUAACAUCACUGUUACCCUAAAAAAGUUUCCAUUUGAUACUCUGAUCCCUGAUGGAAAAAGAAUAACUUGGGACAGUAGGAAGGGCUUUAUAAUAUCAAAUGCAACAUACAGAGAAAUAGGGCUUCUGACCUGUGAAGCAACAGUCAAUGGACAUAUGUAUAAAACAAACUAUCUCACACAUCGGCAAACCAAUACAAUCACAGAUGUCCAAAUAAGCACACCAAGCCCAGUGAAAUUACUUAGUGGUCACACCCUCACCCUCAACUGUACUGCUACCACUGCACUGAACACAAGAGUUCAAAUGACCUGGAGUUACCCUGAUAAAACAACUAAGAGAGCUUCUGUAAGGCAACGAAUUGACCAAAGCAAUUCCCAUGCAAAUGUGUUCUACAGUGUUCUUAUUAUUCACAAAGUGCAAAACAAAGACAAAGGACUUUAUACUUGUCAUGUGAAGAGUGGACCAUCAUUCAAAUCUGUUAACACCUCAGUGCAUAUAUUUGAAAAAGCAUUCAUCACUGUGAAACAUCGGAAACAACAGGUGCAUGAAACCAUAGCAGGCAAGCGGUCCUACAGGCUCUCCAUGAAAGUGAAGGCAUUUCCCUCACCAGAAGUUGUAUGGCUAAAAGAUGGGUCACCUGCAACGGAGAUAUCUGCUCGCUAUUUGGUUCAUGGCUAUUCUUUAAUUAUCAAAGACGUAACUGCAGAGGAUGCAGGGGAUUAUACAAUCUUGCUGGGCAUAAGGCAGUCAAAUGUGUUUAAAAACCUCACUGCCACUCUAAUUGUAAAUGUGAAACCCCAGAUUUACGAAAAGGCAGUGUCAUCAUUUCCAGACCCAACUCUCUACCCACUGGGCAGCAGACAAAUCCUGACUUGUACCGCGUAUGGAAUCCCUCAACCUGUAAUCACAUGGUCCUGGAGCCCCUGUAACCAUAAUCAUUCCAAAGCAAGGUAUGACUUUUGUUCCAAUAAUGAAGAAUCCUUUAUCCUGGAUCCUGAAAGCAACACAGGAAACAGAAUUGAGAGCAUCACUCAGCGUACAGCAGUAAUAGAAGGAAAGAAUAAGACGGCUAGCACCUUAGUUGUGGCUGACUCUAGAAUUUCUGGAAUCUAUAGUUGCAUGGCAUCUAAUAAAAUAGGGACUGUGGAAAGAAACAUAAGCUUUUAUAUCACAGAUGUGCCAAAUGGGUUUCAUGUUAACUUGGAAAAAAUGCCUACAGAAGGAGAGGACCUGAAACUGUCUUGCACAGUUAACAAAUUCUUAUACAGAGACAUUACUUGGAUUUUGUUGCGCACAGUAAACAACAGAACAAUGCAUCACAGUAUCAGCAAGCAAAAAAUGGCCAUCACUAAAGAGUACUCUAUUACUCUUAACCUUAUCAUCAAGAAUGUAUCUCUGGAAGAUUCGGGCACCUAUGCCUGCAGAGCCAGGAACGUAUACACAGGGGAAGAAAUCCUUCAGAAGACAGAAGUUAUUAUUAGAGAUCAGGAAGCGCCACACCUUGUGCGAAACCUCAGUGAUCACACAGUAGCCAUCAGCAGCUCUACCACUUUAGACUGUCAAGCUCACGGUGUCCCAGAGCCUCAGAUCACUUGGUUUAAAAACAACCACAAAAUACAACAAGAACCCGGACUUAUUUUAGGACCGGGAAACAGCACACUGUUUAUUGAAAGAGUCACAGAGGAGGAUGAAGGUGUCUAUCAGUGCAAAGCCACCAACCAGAAGGGUGCCACGGAAAGCUCAGCAUACCUCACCGUGCAAGGAACCUCAGACAAGUCUAAUCUGGAGCUGAUCACUUUGACAUGUACCUGUGUGGCUGCGACCCUCUUCUGGCUCUUGUUAACUCUCUUUAUCCGAAAGCUGAAAAGGUCGUCUUCCCAAAUAAAAACUGACUAUCUAUCAAUUAUAAUGGACCCAGAUGAAGUUCCCCUGGAUGAGCAGUGUGAGCGGCUCCCCUACGAUGCCAGCAAGUGGGAGUUUGCCCGGGAGAGACUUAAAUUGGGCAAAUCGCUUGGAAGAGGGGCUUUUGGGAAAGUGGUUCAAGCGUCUGCAUUUGGCAUUAAGAAAUCACCCACCUGCCGGACUGUGGCUGUGAAGAUGCUGAAAGAGGGGGCCACAGCCAGUGAAUACAAAGCUCUGAUGACUGAGCUCAAGAUCUUGACCCACAUUGGCCACCAUCUGAACGUGGUUAACCUGCUGGGAGCCUGCACCAAGCAAGGAGGGCCUCUGAUGGUUAUUGUUGAAUACUGCAAAUAUGGAAAUUUAUCCAACUACCUCAAGAGCAAACGUGACUUAUUCUUUCUCAACAAGGAUGCAGCGUUGCACGUGGAGCCUAAGAAAGAAAAAAUGGAACCAGGCAUGGAGCAGGACAAGAAACCCAGACUAGAUAGUGUCACCAGCAGUGAGAGCUUUGCGAGCUCUGGAUUUCAGGAAGAUAAAAGUCUGAGUGAUGUUGAGGAAGAGGAGGAUUCUGAUGAUUUCUACAAGCAGCCCAUCACUAUGGAGGAUCUGAUUUCUUACAGUUUUCAAGUGGCCAGAGGCAUGGAGUUUUUGUCUUCCAGGAAGUGCAUUCAUCGAGACCUGGCUGCGCGAAACAUUCUUUUAUCUGAGAACAACGUGGUGAAGAUUUGUGAUUUUGGCCUUGCCCGGGAUAUUUAUAAGAAUCCCGAUUAUGUGAGAAAAGGAGAUACUCGACUUCCUCUGAAAUGGAUGGCUCCCGAAUCCAUCUUUGACAAAAUCUACAGCACCAAGAGUGACGUGUGGUCUUAUGGAGUGUUGCUGUGGGAAAUCUUCUCCCUGGGUGGGUCUCCAUACCCAGGAGUACAAAUGGAUGAGGACUUCUGCAGUCGCCUGAAAGAAGGCAUGAGGAUGAGGGCCCCCGAGUACGCAACUCCUGAAAUCUACCAGAUCAUGUUGGACUGCUGGCACAAAGACCCAAAAGAAAGGCCACGAUUUGCAGAACUUGUGGAAAAACUGGGUGAUUUGCUUCAAGCCAAUGUACAACAGGAUGGUAAAGACUAUAUCCCACUCAAUGCCAUACUGACAGGAAACAGUGGUUUUACCUACUCAACUCCUACCUUCUCUGAGGAUUUUUUCAAGGACAGUAUUUCAACCCCGAAGUUUAAUUCAGGAAGCUCUGAUGAUGUCAGAUAUGUAAAUGCUUUCAAAUUCUUGAGUCUGGAAAGAAUCAAAACCUUUGAAGAACUUUCACCAAAUACCACCUCCAUGUUUGAUGACUAUCAGUUGGACAGUAGCACUCUGCUGACCUCCCCUUUGCUGAAACGCUUCACCUGGACUGACAGCAAACCCAAGGCCUCACUAAAGAUUGACUUGAGAGUAACCAGUAAAAGUAAGGAGUCAGGGCUUUCCGAUGUCACCAAGCCUGGCUUCUUCCUGUCCAGCUGUGGACAUAUCAGAUCUGCGCAUGACAACUCAGAGCUGGGAAAGGAGGAUUUGUGCUGCUCUCCACCCCCAGACUACAACUCCGUGGUGUUAUACUCCACCCCGCCUGCUUAAUGCAUGACACAACCUUCUUUCUAGAAGCACAAGUAUACCUGCAUUCUCAGAAAACUAGCUUUUGCCAGUAUUAUGCAUAUAUGAGUUUACACCUUUACCUUUCCACAGGAGCCAGCUGCUUUUUGUGACUUUUAAUAGUACUUUUUUUUUUUUUUUUUUUUUUUUUUACUAACAAGAAUGUAACCCCAGAUAGAGAAUAGUGACAAGAACACUACUACUCAAUCCUCAUGUUACUCCUCUUAGAGAAACCCUUUCUAAGCCCAAUGACUUACCUGCUCCAGUCCCUGAAGCCUUAGGGCACACAAAACAAGAGGACUCCAGGAGAUCACUGGACUCUACUAGGUCAGCCCUUUAGCUGGAGGGAUCAUGCGCUGACCUAAGCAGUGUCUCAGAAGACCUCUAGCAGGCCUAAGACAUGUAAGAAAGAGAGGAAGAAUGGGGAAAAGAGGGGAGAUGAGAGAGAAAACAAGACUAGGCAUAAGACAGAUUUUGAGAUGCAUCAUAUCGGGAGGGAGUAGGAGAGGGCGUCUGCAAUGCUGCUUCCAUGGCUUCCCAGCCCUGACCAGUGGACUUUCAAGACACUAGCCAGGAGCACACAGGACAGAGAGGAAGGGACAUUUCCUGGAUUCUGGGAGACAAGAAAAGGACAAUUUGUUUGAUUAAAGCAAAUCUUAAAGACUUUACCUAUAGGACUGGUUCUAUAGCCAUUCCUAUGAGUGGGAUGUUUUGAUUUAUCCCAUUAAGGGUGGCACUCAACUGUCAGCUCAUACUAUCAGCCUCUCUAGUGAAAUGCACUGAGAACUUUCCAGAGCUAGUUUGGCUCCAGAGCAUGACGGCCUGGCACUUGGCAUGUUGCUCAUGGGAAGCUAAGUGGUCUGUUGGUCUGUUAGAAAUGUCUACUAUUGGGCUCAAAGCUGCACGAAAAAAUGAUGUCAGAUUGUAUUUUGAAUAUUAAUGUAUAGACAAGACACUUAACUUUUUGUAUCAUCCUGUUGUGUACAGUUAUUAUAAAAGGAAGCUGAGGAGAAUGAGAAUGUAGUCUUACAGAGGGUUUUCUCUGUACCAAAACUGGAACUGAUGGAAUAAAAUCCAAUAAGGCAGAGUGGAAACUCUAUCUUUCUACCAGUCAAACCAAGUCACCCAGAGUUGGGACCUGAAGCAGAGGAAGUUAAUUGUGAUUCCUUUUAUUUAGUAGAGAUUCCACAGUCUCAUGCUACUCUGGAAAGAUGUGGAAGAGCAUUAACCAAUGUUUAUUAAGCACUUUAUGCUCCUUGAGAAAAAAAGGUGAUAUGUAAUUUAUGUAAGAUGUUUCUACAGUUGGGACUCAGGAUAUUAAUUAAUGAGCCAUCAAAUACAGAAAAGCCUAUUUCAUCUGCUUUGGACCUUGCCUUGGGUCUGAGGAUGGUGGAAAUAGGGAGACAGGGUAGAAAUAGGGAGACAGGGUAAGAAAGGGUGCCUCCUUCUCCAGGAUCUAGAGAUAAGUGCACCCUGGGUCUCUAACAUGGCUCUGUUGGAUGUUGUCUAUGCAAGUUAUAGUCUGUGUACUUGGGUUGUAUGCAGCUGCUGAACCAGUCAAGAGCUGAACAAGCAACAGUGAAUCACUUCUGGGAGAGCAGAGCAUGCUUCCUUUUAUGCAUGUAACUUAAAUCUAAGACCUGGACUCUCUAAGUAAGUAUUAGAAGAAUGUAUACUUAUUUCCCUAUUUGCCACAUUUCUUGUUUAAGUUCUUUGUAUGAAGAAAUAGGAGAGUCAGCACAUUCCCCAGUGAGACAGUGGGUGCCCCAUGGAAGCUCUUGAGGACUUCCCAGCCAGGACAGAGGAAUGAAGCAGGUCUCUCUACCAGGAACUAAAUUCAAACAAAAUCAGGUAGGGCCAGAAGAGGGGAGAAAUCUUUGUUCUUCCUCUAUCCAUACACAAACACUCCAGUGAAAGCUGGCAAUAAUAUAAAUCAGGUAAUUAGAUGGAGGUUAAACAGAACACUCCAAUCAAUUCUCUUUCAGAUCACAUAUGGAUUCAGCAAUUGAUGAUAAAAAGAAAACCUUAGCUAUUCAUGUGAUAUCUUGAUUUUAAUAAUCUAAUUCUGAAUAAAAAAGAGAUUUAGUAUAUACCCUUUUUCCAAAAAAAAGAAAAAAAUCUAUUAGGAUUCUGUUACUCAGCUUCUAUAAGGACUGGGGCUUAUAGCCUACAUGAGUGCAUCCUAAAAAUGGUUCCAUCUAGUCUUCAUGUAGAAAGAUAAAUGGAAGCUUGUAAUAAUGGGUAUAUCUAGUUGCAAAGCAUUUGUUCAUUAAAACAGCACUGAAAGUUAAAACACUAAUUGACAGUAAUAUUAGAAACAUUUGCCAUUUAUGACAAAAAUGGUUAGCACUAACAAAAAACAAGUACUUCCUUCCAGGGCUUGUGAGAUAAUCUAUGUAUAACAGUAUGGAUGGAUGGAUGAAUGUACCUUGUGCAGAUCUGUAUCUAGUUAGCCCAAGAAAUGAUGCUCAGACAUUAGUUUUAGCCAGGGGACAAUUUUGUCCAAAUGCUAAAAGAUGUUGCUUAGUUUUUUUUUUUUUUUAAUCUUAUUUUACAGCCCAUAAGAAUGUCAAACAUGAAACAGAUACAUGCCAGCUCCACUUAUAUUGAUUAAAGGAGGAGUGCAUCUUUGACUGGCAGUGGUAGUAACUUUAUGUGUAUGUGUUUUUGUAUCAUGCUUAACUAUUUAAAUAAACUGGAAUUUUAAAGUUACUUUUAUACAAAUCAAGAAUAUAUGCUACAGAUAAAAGAUAUUGGUCCUACAUUUCUAGUCAUGAUGAAUGUAUUUUGUAUACUAUUCAUAAAAUAAAAUUAACUUACAAAAACAUCUA